UGCUCGCACCCCUCCCGUCUCCGCACUCGACAUCCUCCAGCCUCUUUAAAUUGUCUCCGCUGCCGGACAGACGACUUUUUCGGGUUUCGGUCUGUGUCUGUUCGCCCGCACACUCGCACACCUUUCUGCUUGUUUCGGAGGAUAUUUCUUUCUCUGGCGGAGCGUGUGGAGCACAAACCGAGCACAGACGGAGCUGUGUUUCAGGCUACUUCAGUGGGCGGGUAAAGCGGAGGAGGGCAUCCGGGCCUGGCAGCUCCGGAGGGUCGGCUUGAAAACGACGGAAUUCACCAUUUUCAGGCCGUGCAUUGCCCUGUUAUGGAAAAGAUGAAGAGGAUUAAGAAGCGUCUGUCAUUAACACUCCGCCCCAGUCAGACCAUCGACGAGUCUCUGUCAGAACUGGCUGAGCAAAUGACCAUUGAAGAUGGUGGCACCAAGGACAACGAGCCCUUCAUGAGGAAUGGCCGCCCACCCACCUCCCACAGCAUGCACUCCUUUCUGCACCAGUACACCGGUUCCUUCAAGAAGCCGCCCCUGCGCCGGCCACACAGCGUCAUCGGAGGCACUCUGGGGUCUUUCAUGGUGAUGCCGCGCCAUGGCAGCCGCCUGGAUAUUGUCCACGAAAAUCUGAAGAUGGGAUCUGACGGGGAGAGUGAUCAGGCAUCAGGAACGUCUUCAGACGAGGUCCAGUCUCCGACGGGCGUCUGUCUGAGGAACAGGGUCCACCGGCGAAUCUCCAUGGAGGACCUCAACAAGCGCCUGUCUCUGCCUGCUGACAUCCGAAUCCCUGACGGCUACCUGGAGAAGUUGCAGCUUAGCAGCCCACCCUUCGACCAACCGCUCAGCCGACGUUCGCGCCGAGCCUCGCUGUCAGAGAUUGGUUUUGGAAAGUUGGAGACGUACAUUAAACUGGACAAGCUGGGAGAGGGAACUUACGCCACAGUGUUUAAAGGACGCAGUAAACUGACUGACAACCUGGUGGCGCUGAAGGAGAUCCGGCUGGAGCAUGAGGAAGGAGCCCCUUGCACAGCCAUCAGAGAAGUGUCAUUAUUGAAGGACCUGAAACACGCCAACAUUGUGACGCUACAUGACAUCGUUCACACUGACAAGAGCCUCACACUCGUCUUUGAGUACCUGGACAAAGACCUGAAGCAGUACAUGGACGACUGUGGAAACAUAAUGAGUAUGCAUAAUGUGAAGAUCUUCCUGUUCCAGAUAUUGCGAGGGCUGUCAUACUGUCACAAAAGGAAAGUUCUCCACAGGGACCUGAAGCCACAGAACCUCCUCAUCAAUGAGAGAGGAGAACUUAAACUGGCUGAUUUUGGUUUGGCCAGGGCCAAGUCUGUUCCAACUAAAACCUAUUCCAACGAGGUGGUGACUCUUUGGUACCGACCUCCUGAUGUUCUGCUGGGAUCCUCUGAGUACUCAACCCAGAUCGAUAUGUGGGGUGUUGGAUGUAUAUUCUAUGAGAUGGCUGCAGGUCGGCCUCUGUUCCCCGGCUCCACCGUUGAAGACGAGCUCCACCUCAUCUUCAGGCUACUGGGAACACCUACAGAGGAGAACUGGCCAGGAAUCUCUUCUAUCGAAGAGUUUAAAUCCUACAACUUCCCCAAAUACAAACCCCAGCCAAUCAUCAAUCAUGCCCCCAGGUUAGACAGUGAAGGCAUCGAGCUGCUGCUGUCAUUCCUCAGAUACGAAUCCAAGAAGAGAAUUUCAGCUGAUGAGGCAAUGAAGCAUUCCUAUUUCAGGCAGCUUGGGAUGAGAGUCCACACACUGCCUGAGAGUGUAUCGAUAUUCACAUUGAAAGAAGUGCAGCUGCAGAGAGACCCAGGCUACAGGAACUCCUCGUAUCCAGAGUCAGGUAACAGCAAGAUCAACAGGAGGCAAAGCAUGCUGUUCUAGUGUUUCAUGAAGAAGACGCCCCACUUCAUCUACACCUCCCAGCAGCCUCUUGCAUGAGCCCACCACCCCUCGGAGUGACACCCACACCACCCAUUUAACUACACACACACGCACGCAAACACUCAAUCUGAGCGAGUGACUCUGAGUUGAAUCUAUUUGGUGACUGUUUAUUUAUUGGGGGCGGGGGGGAUGGGUGAGGUUGAACUUUUUUUUGCUGCUAAACUACUACUGUCUGUAUUUAACACACAGUGUGUGUCUGCGCGGAGGCGUGUGUGUGUGUGUGUUUGCACAAUGUGAACUCGGGAUGCCAUGCACAGUUGAGCAGUCAGUAAGGUUACUAUUGUUCUCCUGACAACGAUCCUCCGGCUUCUCAUGAGUCAACUGAUGUUGAUGUCGAUGCUGUGACCCAAGUUGUUGUUCUUGUUGUUGUCGUCCUUGGAGAUCGAAAGCUUCUUUUUUAAAAAUAUGUAUAUCUCUAUAUACAUAUAUAUUUGGAGAUUAUGUUUUGUUUUUCUUCGAGCUUCCGUGACUGAACUCUACAACAUUUCCAGAAACACUAGAUGGUGUUGGUUGUCAUUUUUCCAAAAACAUUUAGGAUGGACUUGCAGAAGACCCGCUGCCCUCUGGGGUUAAACUGAAAAUCAGAGAGCGUGACUAUGAGUGGACUGACAGCUGGGGGGUGAAAGAAGCACACGCAGAGCUACAUGGUCUACAUGAGAACAUCCACCCCUUGCUUCUUUUUGACCACUGUUGCUCACCAACGGGACCAAAACUGAGGUGUGACGGGAGGGGAGGCAAGCAGAUGAAAGAAGAGGAAUACUGGAGCUGAAAAGGAAGUCAUGUGACUCCCACAGGAAGCCAGCAAGCCUUCCCUAAAACCUCUCACAGAGCUGCCAGGAUUUCAAUGCUUUGUUUCUUUUGUUUUCUUUUGUGUGUGUUUUGUUUUUUGUUUUUUUAAGAUAAAUGCAAACUACACUUUCUUGCUUUGUGUACAUUCGGAGAUGUCACUGCAGUAAUUCUUUGUGUUUAACUUGCACUUCGUGUGUGCGUGUAUUUUGUUUUUGGUCUGUUUCAGUUUGUUAUUUUGUUUUAUUUUUUUCUUUUGGAAUCAGGGACAGGAGCCUCGCUUGGCCAAGUUUACCCAACAGUAUUAGGAUGUGUUCUCUGUGUCUGUGACCUCUCCUUGUGAAACAGCAGUGUCAGUGUGGCAUGUUCUCAGAGCUGGGGGGGUGGGAUAGUGGGGAUGGGGAGGGCUGUUCAAAGGCAAUGAGGGUUGCCUUUGAACAACCACUGCUCUUUCAGUAUUUGUACAAAAAAAAGACAUUUCAAAUUGAAAUUUUUACAUUUGCCCGCUAUGUUGUUUGCAACCAACAGUGAUGCUACAGAUGAUAAAGCCUGUUGAGAAGUCUUGCUUUUGAUUAUAUGUUUACUGAAACAAAGGGAAGACCUCCUCAAAUCACCCUCUUAUAAAUGUUCACUGGUGUGCUUUGCAUCCCUGGCUUAUUUUAGUUGUGUAUGCACUUUUCUUUUUGCCAUGGACCAGUGUAGGUGUAAUCACUCGUGGUCCAGACUUUGGCUGAUCUUCAUUGGAAAUGGUUACAUGAGAAGAUUGAUGUCAUGCUAAAUGUGAAGCUUCAGCUUUGGUUGGGUUAGCAAAGAGACUGAAAAGAGUUUGAAAUGGCGAGCUUAACUCUGUAACAUUUGUCCACACCUACAAAGCUGACAAAUCAACGCAUUCUGCUUUAUUUUACCGUUUAAGUGAAAAACAUGAUCACCUGUAAAAACCAAAAUGUUUUUUUACAGGUGUUGGGAAUUUUAGCUCAGUGUGCAAGCCCAAGAGUGGUGUCAGCUUUGUCAUCUUACUUGGGGCACACAAGCAUGUUUCUCGAAAUGUCAAACCAUUUCCUUAAAGGAUUAAUAGUAAACAUUACAUUUUUGUGGCAGCAUAAAAGUCACACGCAGAAGAAUUACGUAAAACGUCAAUGAACACCUGCACUCACAGUAGCAAAACAGACCUGACUGCAGUGGUUAAUCUUGUGCAACUAAAUACCAGGGUGCUUUGAACAUCACAUGUAAGAUGAUCUGAUGGAGGUUUUCCUGUUACUGCAGUUCUUUUGGUCGACAUCUUAAUGAAAGUUUUGUAUUUACGCUCUUUUUUUUCUUUUUUAAAUGUCUACAGUAGAGAUUUCUCUUUCAGAUACUGAUUGGGUAGAAAAAUGCUAUAGAAGUGCUCGAGGCACAACUAAUUCUUGAUAAAUUACUAUAUGAAAGCAUUAAUGGAGUAAACUAAACUAACACAGUUUGCAGCUAACAGUUUAAUAAUCCUGUAGAUAACUCUUAGAUAGCUUUCCUUAUAAGGGGGACAUUAUCAUGUUCAAGAGCUCAACACAAACUGUGACAACACAUAUACUGUAAAGAAAAUAUACUGUAACCAGUUUAUAUUUAGAAUAAUGUAUAAAUUAUUGUGUUCCCAGGAAAAUGUCAUUAUAUUAAUGGUAGAUUUCCUGUAUUACAUCGACCCAAAACAUGUCCCUUUAAAAUAAAGUAGCUUUCUUAUACUGCAUGCUUGGAUGCUUCACUAGAAUAGUUUUUGUUUUUCAGAAGUUAUUGAUUUCCAUUUUCCUUCGAUCAGACUGAAAGAUGCAGGAUUAUUUCUCCGUAAACUGCAAACUGUUCCUGUUAAUAGGACAUUUGUGUACACGAACAGCAGUAACAUGCACAAAAGGAGAUUUCGAUAACAGCUAAAAUAUUUAUCAUUGUAAAACUGUACUUUUUCAAAAUGUGUGACUGAUGUAUUUUUCCGUGAACACGUCUGAACGUGUGUGUGUAUGUGAGCCUGAUGCAUGGAAGGCCUGCUGUGUUGUGAACUCGACCUCUCUGAAACACUGAGCUGCCGGUGAACAGUUGGUGUGUGACUCUUUUUACUGGAACUAUUUAUUUCUCAUAACCAUGGAAAGUAAAUUUAAACAGUUUCCUAAAA